AUGGUGCAGUGGAGCACUCCUCAACGAGCCACCUCCAAGACAGAUGAGCCUCUCUCACAAGUUGGCACGCAAGAAGAGCAGCUGCGAAAUGUUGUUGGAUCAGCAGAGAAUUCACGAGCAUCAGUUUCAGGACCUCUAAGCACCAAGGCCAAGCCAGUUCCGCAACUAGCCAGUCGAUCUUCCCCAAGCCGAUUCCAGCGGCCAUACUCGUCAGAGUGGAUGCUGUGUCGUUUGCAAGCGAGUGGUCGUACGAUAAUCGCGCUUGCUGGCACUGGUGCAACAGAAAACUUGAUUGCAAGUAGACUGGCCACCUCGUUGAAGCUAAAGGUGCACCCAUGGCAAGGAGCUCUCUGUUUGGCAGGAAACAAGACGCUGUCUGCGUAUGGGGUCGCCAACCUCGAGAUCCGGCACAACGAUUUCUGUGCGUCCAUUUGGGUCCUUGUCGCUCAUAUACAGAGGGACCUAAUAUUAGGACAGCCGUUCUGGAAGACUUACCGAGUGGUCCCUGAUUAUGCGCGAGGAGGAAUCAUCAUACGUGAAAAUGAAAAGCGAUGGCACCUCGGGCUGAAAUCGCCUCCCGUAGACAUGUCAACAGGCGAGCAGAUGCAAGCCGCCACGCGAGGUAAAGAGCAGACCAAGUCCGUCACAUGCUCCACCAAACCCCUGCGAGAGCAUACACUCACCUCCGCGAUGUCAGCAAUGAGUACAAGCCCCUCAUACCUCAGCCCGACACAGAGCAGUAGGGCAAGAUCCCACGCAGUCAAGCAUAAGGACACAGAAGCAUCUCUGCAACCACUGUCUCCGCCACAGCAGUCGGUAGACUCGACUGUCGAAUGAUCUCCCGACAAGACAGCGCCGCAGUGUCAGGGGUUUUUUUGACGAACAGCGCACGACCAACCAGGGGAGACCAAUCACGAAGUAAGGGCGGAUAUGAUGGCAUUGAAACCGGGAAGCCUGGUUAUGAAGAUGGACUCGAGCAGGA